AAAUGGAUGUGUUUAGCAUAUUAUUUUUAUGUUUAGUAUCAAUUAUUAUUGGUAUUAUACUAACGUUAGUUGCUCAGUAUUAUAUUUUAGCCAAAAUUGUGCAACGAAAACCACUGAUUGCAUCUGUACAUAAACCAAUUUUUGAGAAGUAUUGUUUACCAGAGGGAAUUAAAAAUCAACUAGAUAUUAUAAAUGAAGACGAUACGAAAAAAGAAAAUUCAAGUUUGGCUGUUAGUUUACUAUUACAAUUUUUAUUUUAUGAGCUACGUAAUAAAAAUACGAUAAAACAGUGGUUUUAUGAAAAGCUAUCUUUGGAAUUUGAUGAUUUACUUACAAAAACAACAACUGGGAAAUUCUUCGAAGCUGUGAACAUUGUUGAUCUAAGUCUUGGCUCACAAUUUCCAAAUAUUAAAGACAUUAAAAUUGAUGAUGUAGAAAUGGAUAGUACUAAUGGAAAUAUUGAAACGUUAACAUUAAGUUUGGAUAUUGAUUAUUCAGGAAAUUUUCAAUUAUCUGUUGAUACAAAAAUGAAAUUUGGCAAAACAGCAUUUUUAUCUAUUAAAGUAAAACAAAUAAAAGGAUUAGCAAGAUUACAAUUUACAAGAAAACCAUACACACACUGGUCGUUAUGUUUUUAUAGUGAUCCAUACAUUAAUUUAGGUGUUGAUUCACAUUUUCAAAGUAGACAAUUACAUUCAAAUAUAACUAGUUUAAUUAUAAAUCAAAUUAAGAAAGCUAUAAAACGUAAACAUACCCUUCCUAAUUAUAAAAUAAGGUAUAAACCCUUCUUUAAGAAAAUUGAUACUGGUCAAAUUAUAAGCAGUGAUGAUUAUGAAAUAGCUACAAUUUAUGGUCAAUUAGAAGUUACAUUUGUAGAAUUAACUAGAAUUUAUGUCGAUGAUUCAAUUACGUCAGUAUUUUGCACAUUUUCUGUAGAUACACUUCCAUGGAUAAAAUUUCUUCAAAAUGAAACCGACGAAACUGAAAUAACAUCAAUUAUAAUAGAUUUGGUUGUAUAUAAAGAACGUCAUCAAAAUUUGGGUGUCGUAUUUAAACAUGGCCCUCAACAAUUACAGCAAACCCAAUUACAAGAGUCCACAACACAAAAAUCUGUAAAAUCACAACAGCAACAAUCCUCAACUGUAAUGGAAGUAACUGCAGAAACAAUUGUAAUAAAUAGUCCCGCCUAUAAAGCAGGCCUAAAACGCGGUGAUUUAAUAUUAGCUAUUGAAGGCAAAGAAAUUAAUAAUGUUGCACAAGUAGCAAAACUUUUCAAAUCUGUAAAUAAGACAGCUUUUAAUGUUCGUAUACAACGUCAAGUUACUAAUUAUAAAUUAAUUAAAUCAAACAUAUCAACCAGUAGUGAAGUACCAGUAAUUGUUAAUAGUAGUAUUGAAAAUGCCGCCCCCCUUGUAUCAUCCAACAAUGAUACAGAUGUCCUAGAUAUGAAUACAUUUACAAUAAUUAAUGAUGAAGACAUUUUAGAGCCUAUACAACAACCUCAAUAUUUAAGCCGUAGUUUUAACGAGUCCCGUACCAAAGGAUUGAAUCCUGAUUCAAAAAUUUCCAAAAUUUUAUCAUCCAGCAACGAAAACAUGUCCAAAAUUGCACAUACAAUUGGUAAUUUUAGUUUACGUAAAAGAAAAAUAUCGGAUGAUAAAAAUUCAAGUGAUAGUAGUAAUAAAUCGACACCAAAUAUAUCCGCAUCGAAUUCACCGGAUCGUACAUCCAAAUUACGUGGUACGGAGCCACUAUUGAUUAAAAUUGAUAAUCCUUUAACGGAGCAACCAUCAAUGCCAACACCUGUGAAAUCGGUAGGGGAUACGGUUGUGGAUGAGAGUAAUUUGAUACGAUGUUAUCAUACAAAUUUAUCGUCUGUGAGUUCAAUUAUGACUGGAUCGGAAGAUGAACAAUUUUUAUUUGAUUUACGGAAAGAUUUCAAGUAUUUGAAUGUGCAAGUGUGGGGUGUGAAAUGUGAGAAAAAUGUGCCGAUUAAUGUAUUGUGUGGGUAUAUUAAUAUUCCAUUAAUUAAUAUCUUAAAUGAGUGUAAUAAUUCUGCCUUUGGACAUUAUGUUAAUUGUUAUUCAUUUCUACCACCGGAUUUUGCUACAAAUCGAUUUUCAAAUUUAUCAUCACAUUCUGGUUUUGAUUCAAAAAGCUGUUACGGAGACAUAUUAUUAUCAUUUUCAUGGAAGUCGUCCGAAAUAGUACCACCACCUACGGAAAAUUCAUCGCUUGAUUGUCCCUCACCAACAAUUGAAAUAACCGAUACAAAUGAAAAGAGAAAACAUGAUUUUAUUCGAACACAAUUUCACCAAUCAACACAAUGUGAUUUUUGUUUGAAAAAGAUUUGGUUAAAAGAUGCGGUACAAUGCCGAAAUUGUGCAAUAUGUUGUCAUAAAAAAUGUAUUGAAAAAUGCCAAUCAGGUACAACGUGUCCAUUAAUUAAGGAUGCAACUGACUCAACUAAUAAUGGAAACCAAAAAACAAAUCCAUUUAUUGUAACAAGUGAACCUACGGAGAGUGGUGAUGGGAAUAUCGAUGAAUUGUCAGACGCUUCACCAACAGGUGCGGGCUUGGAAUAUCAUCGUCAAAGUUUCAGUAGUUUAUCGACAAAUGAAAUGACUAGUUCGAUGAAACGAGUCAAUUCAGCGCAUAAUUUAACUAUACCUGAAUUACAAUCAGAUGGUAAUCAAGUAUCUCGAAGUGUGCCACAUUCAUCACAACAUACGCCAAAUAGAAAAAUGUCAUUAGUCACAAAUAAUCCAUUUACUGAUUGUGCUGAUUUAUUAAAUAAAUUAGUUGAGAAUUUCGAGGAGAAUGAGGAAAACAUGUCAAUUAUUUUAGGUCAUAUUCAACAUUGUAUACAAAAUGAGAAUAUUAUGGAUAUUGCCAAAGAAUCUAGUAAAAAUUUAUGUAAAGAUGUUUCACAAGAGCAAAGAGCAACUAAAAUUUCAGCUAUGAUUGCCAACUUAAAAACAUCAUUAGAUGUACAAACAACUAAACAUUGUGAAUUACUACAAAAGUUAAAUGAUGAACCGAAUGAAAAUGAAAAAGCACGUACAGCAUUUUUGAUUGGUGAAGCCGAUUCACAAAUACAAGCAUUAUCUAUUCUAAUGUUAUACUUUUGUUCAGGUUUACAAGAUUGUGCCCAAUCAACUGAUAGCACAAUUGAUAGCCUUGGUAGUAAAUAAACCUUAUAUGUAUAUGUUAAAGGCACUAAAAAUGACCAUUUUGCAAAAAUAAAGUCAUCAUGUCUAUUACCUAACCCCAAUCGUCUUUCUUGUUGCUAAUGCUGCGCUAUACUUGUCAUUAGAUUUUAAUUAAAAAGUAAAUUAUCGUUUUGUCGCACGUGAUUUUUAUACAACAUGAGUGAUGCGUAUUAUGGAUGUUUGGGAUCUAACAUUUUAUUUAA